UUCGACAGUUUAAUGACUAGAAACCAUCGCGUUCUUACAACUGUUCUUCCAUCGCGGCUCCGUAACGUCCGCUAUCUAGAGCUUAUUUUAAAGGUAUACAUAGGUUUCUAAUAUCAUUAAGGACAUAGGUAACCUGACUAAUGUAUCAGUGUCCUACCUUCGUUGGUUGAUUCAUUAUUUUUAAGUUAGUUACGACUAACAUUACAGAAUGUAUAGUUUAAAAAAGUCAAUGAGGUAGGCAUCUUGUUUCAAUAGAAUAGAUCAAUGGACUAUAGGCUAUAGAUACCUAUGUUAUGUAGUACCUAUGUAUUGGUGAAACUACUUAUGCCAUCAUCAAGUUCCUAUCCUAUCUGUCUCAUUUUCGAGAAACAAUGGGUAUGAUGUAAGCAUAAACAGAACAUAAUGGCUGCUGGGUUAACGCAGUGGCUGAGACACCGGCUACUGCGCAACGUGUAUCGGGUGCGAUGUCUGCAUGAAACAAUUUUUAUGUAGGUAAUCUACAAAUUUGGUCUGGACGUGUACCUAUGUGAAAUUGUACGAACCUAUAUUUGUAAAUGCUAGGUAUGUAUUUAAUACCUCCUUAUACUCUAAAUUACUUAUCUGUGCACUAGACAGGUAAUAUUUUAAUCUAAAUACUGAAAUGUAACUUCUUUUCGGAGCAUCGGAAGUAGUUGUCCUAGAUUCACAUACCGUUAUGUCUGUGUAAGACCUACCCGCAGCACGAGCGGUACAUGAUGCGAUCAUAAAUCGAUUCGACGCGGUCGAAUGCUCACUGACUGACCUAUAUUGUUAUAUUUACUUACUCAUUUAAUACAAUGAUAUAAAUAAUACCUGGCAGCGGAAUAUCGGAAUACCUACCUAACCUAAUUUUCGUAUGUUAAGUCUUUACAGUUUAUGUUUGUAUAUAAAAACUUUUUCAUUGCAAUUAUUGUCUUUGGUCAUUGUAUCCGAGGAGCAGAGGAGCGGGAACAAACGACGGCAACUGUCAUUUUAAUUUCGAAAAAAACGCAAAUUUAUUUACAGCAAUCAUGUACACAGAUGAUAAUUCUGAUAAAGAGAGCGAAUUCGAAGACAGAAGCCCGGAGGACAGUCCGAAUAUCACAAAGAAAUCUUUAUCAACUGUUGGUUUCAGAAAUAAUCCAGAAAACCAAAAUGCACGGCCUCUCGCCCUGCGAGCUACGCAAUCCUUCACAGGAGCCGUCGAAGAGCUCAGGUUAUGUGGAAAUUUUCAAAGAAUAAAUUUAUGUAAUCGAAUGAACGUUAUGUCAGCACCGAAAAUAGCAACUGUGUGUCCGUGUGGCUGCCUACUGCGGCCUGCUACCACGGGCCCCUUCAGGACGAGGGAACAGAACACACUGGCGCUCCACGUCGUAUCUCCCGAGGUGCUCAGCUAUCACGGCUACUGUUUCGAGCCCAGUCAAAUUGCAAUGUUUUGGAAAAAGGACUGCAGGAUGUUUCUCUGGAAGGGCAAAGCCAAGAUGAAGAAUGUAAUUCACGCGGAUUCAUACAGAAAAUGAUAAUAAUAUACUUUG